CUUGAAUUACUUGGAUGGCGAGGGUUAAAUCCACCACACAGGGUGAAAUCUAUCUCCAUGACAACAUUCACACAACAGGAAAUUGAAUUCCUGCAAAAACAUGGAAAUGAGGUCUGUAAACAGAUUUGGCUAGGAUUAUUUGAUGAUAGAUCUUCAGCAAUUCCAGACUUCAGGGAUCCACAAAAAGUGAAAGAGUUUCUACAAGAAAAAUAUGAAAAGAAAAGAUGGUAUGUCCCACCAGAACAAGCCAAAGUGGUGGCAUCAGUUCAUGCAUCUAUUUCAGGGUCCUCUGCCAGCAGCACAAGCAGCACACCUGAGGUCAAACCACUGAAAUCCCUUUUAGGAGAUUCUGCACCAGCACUUCACUUAAAUAAGGGCACACCUAGUCAGUCCCCCAUUGUAGGCCGCUCUCAAGGGCAGCAACAGGAGAAGAAGCAGUUUGACCUUUUGACUGAUCUUGGCUCAGACAUCUUUGCUGCUCCACCUCCUCAGUCAACAGCUACAGCCAAUUUUGCCAACUUUGCACAUUUCAACAGUCAUGCAGGUGGAAGUGCUGGAUCAGUAAAUGCUAAUUUUGCUCAUUUUGAUAACUUCCCCAAAUCCUCCAGUGCUGAUUUUGGAACCUUCAAUACUUCCCAGAGUCAUCAAACAGCAUCAGCUGUUAGUAAAGUUUCAACAAACAAAGCUGGUUUACAGACAGCAGACAAAUAUGCAGCACUUGCUAAUUUAGACAAUAUCUUCAGUGCUGGGCAAGGUGGUGAUCAGGGGAGUGGCUUUGGGACCACAGGUAAAGCUCCUGUUGGUUCUAUGGUUUCAAUUCCCAGUCAGUCAAGUGCGUCUUCAGACAAGUAUGCAGCCCUGGCAGAACUAGACAGCGUUUUCAGUUCUGCAGCCACCUCCAGUAAUGUAUAUACUCCCACGAGUAAUGCUAGCAGCAAUGUUUUUGGAACAGUGCCAGUGGGUGCUUCUGCACAGACACAGCCUGCUUCUUCAAGUGUGCCUGCUCCAUUUGGAGCUACGCCUUCCACAAAUCCAUUUGUUGCUGCCGCUGGUCCUUCUGUGGCAUCUUCUACAAAUCCUUUUCAGACCAAUGCCAGAGGAGCAACAGCGGCAACCUUUGGCACUGCGUCCAUGAGCAUGCCUGCAGGGUUCGGCACUCCUGCUCCCUAUAGUCUUCCCACCAGCUUUAGUGGCAGCUUCCAGCAGCCUGCCUUUCCAGCCCAAGCAGCUUUCCCUCAACAGACAGCUUUUUCUCAACAGCCCAAUGGCGCCGGUUUUGCAGCAUUCGGACAAACAAAGCCAGUGGUAACCCCUUUUGGUCAAGUUGCAGCUGCUGGAGUAUCUAGUAAUCCUUUUAUGACUGGUGCACCGACAGGACAAUUUCCGACAGGAAGCUCAUCAACCAAUCCUUUCUUAUAGCCUUAUAUAGACACUUUACUGGAACGGAACUUUUAUUUGGUCACAUUACAUCUCUCCGCCUCUUGCACUGUUGUCUUGUUUCACUGAUUUUAGCUUUAAACACAAGAGAAGUCUUUAAAAAGCCUGCAUUGUGUAUUAAACACCAGGUAAUAUGUGCAAAACAGAGGGCUCCAGUAACUUUUAACCUGUGAACUGGCAGAAAGAGGUAGCGGUAUCAUGUAUAUUAAAAAUUGGCUAAUAUUAAGUUAUUGCAGAUACCACAUUCAUUAUGCUGCAGUACUGUACAUAUUUUUCUUAGAAAUUAGCUAUUUGUGCAUAUCAGUAUUUGUAACGUUAACACAUUGUUAUGUGAGAAAUGUUACUGGGAAAAUAGAUCAGCCACUUUUAAGGUGCUGUCAUAUAUCUUGGAAUGAAUGACCUAAAUUUAACCAUUGCUACUGGAAGGUUACAAAGUCAAAAUUGGAAGGUUUUAUUCAUUCUUGAAUUUUUCCUUUCUAAAGAGCUCUUCUAUUUAUACAUGCCUAAAUUCUUUAAAAAUGUAGAGGGAUACCUGUCUGCAUAAUAAAGCUGAUCAUGUUUUGCCACAGUUUGCAGGUGAAAAAAAUAAAUAUUAGAAAAUAUGCUAUUGUUUUUGUGUUCUUGCUGCAAUGCCUUUACCAAAGUGGCCUUAAAUAUGAGUAGUGAAUUGAGAACAUCUUGAAUUCUUAAAGACUUGUAGUGACUAACUUUUUAUAAAAAGGCCAUGUAGAAUAUUUAUUAAAACUAUAACUGCUGUAUUCAAGAAUAUGUCAGUGGUAAAGCAUUUAAAUGUAGCUUGUCAGAUUCACCGUAAUCCUUCUAAUUUCUUUGCAACUUCCUGAUUUUGUGAAAUUUGUAUAUAUGAAGAAUGUGCAUGUAUGUGUAUUUACAAAUUUUUAAUGAAUUCUCAGACUGCAAAGGCCUAUUUUAACUAUUGGUUUUUUUUUUUUUUAAAAGAUAUUGUCCUUGAAUGUAUUGGAAGCAGACAUGCAUUAACUGUGACAUGAUUGCACCUCAGUUUUUCUUUUUUUGGACAAACUGAUAUCUAUAGGACAAUUGUUUAUGUUUGUUUUUGGGGGGAUAGAAACUGGAACCCAAUGUUACCUUAAAGUUAUGGAAUACUCUGUUUAAAAAGGCAGUGAUGCUGAGUUUAGUUGUAUCUUUUUGUUAAUAUUCAAAUGAACUUGUUUAAAUAUUUAUGUACAGUAAUGCCUCAUUCAUCCAUAGGUAAUCUGGCUGUCUCAUCAAACGGAACACAACUAAGAAACUUGGAAUUGUUUUUUUUAAAAUGCCUCUGAGCAACCCACAUUAAGUCAUAAAGUCUAUGUUAGAGCUCAUGCAUUUGUUUUUAUGUGAUAUUUUAAUAAUUUUGAUUAUUUUAUUUCCUAGCCUGUAGCAUAUUAGCAGUUCAGAAGUGAUGACUUGAAGGAGACUGAAAAGCUAUGAAGAGUGUAUACUGUUCACGACCAUUUAGUGUAGGGACAGUCAACCCAACCUAGAGGACAUCACUGUUUUUCAUCAUCUUCUGAUAAUUGUUCAUUAUCAUGACUGUGUCAUCAAGGAAAAGUGAAAUUGCAUACACAAAUGUGUAAUACAUGUUUGGAAAGGUUUAUCUUAAAAAUAAUUAAAAUUUUUUUAAAAGCUUUGGUAUUAAAAGAGGUGAACAUCAGUUUCCUCUAACAUUUUAUUCAUGUUGAAUGCCUCUUGCAAUGAUGAUUACAUGAGUUGUUAAUCAUAGUAUUUUAAAAAUCUGUGCAGUGUUUGACUUGUUAAAACAUUGCUGUCCAUUGCACAUUUAGCUGAAAGUGUGGUUUAUCUGAAUAAUUUUCAUAAGCCAAGAGGCUAGAAAAUCUGCCCCCUUUCUGAGCAGAGUGCCUCUUCUCUUAGAAUUGAAUGAAUGCUGCACAGGUCUAGGUGUGUGUUGGUGUGGACUUGAAAUGUCUUUACAUUUUGGGGGACUCCCUCAGCCUCUUUUUUCAUGGAAGGAAAACUUAAGAAAUUUCUUUAAAUUUCUGUUUUAGGUUGUAUCUGGUCCUAAUCAAUUCGUAUGUACAGAGUUAUAUAACUGUAGGCCAUUAUGUAAAUAACCUACCAGGUUUUCCAUCUAAGAAGUAAAUUAGCAAUUGUUAUUGAAAUAAUUUCAAAGACUAUUUUUUUCUGGGUAAAUCUUGAAGUUUGUAAUUAAAUGGUAACUCUUAUUGACUGACUUUAAAUGAGAGCUUAUAAAAUUGAAAUGUUUAGUUUAAGAAGAGAUCCAGCCUUAAUGUGGAUUUUCUCAUGAUCUUUACUGUUUAUUGUUAAAAAAUAUUAACUUCUGUUAGAAUUUUAUUUUGUAUUUGCUUCUAGCUUUAUAUGGACCAUAGAAUUGUCUUGAAUACUAAAAAGGAGAAAAUCCUCUUCGAAGUUGACAAGGCUAGAGACCUUCAAAUUUCCUGGCUUACUGGUUGAAUCAGAUCUUCUUUCCUGUUCUAUCUUUAUUGAGGAAAGAAAUUUGUCUUUUCUUUUAGGGUGGCAUACUUUAUUGAUAUAGUUUAAAGGUAUAUUUUAUUCUUAUUUUUUGAAAUAGAGAGUAUUUUAUUCUCUAUUUUUGUGAAAAUAGAGGUUAGGUUAUUAUUUUCUUUCUUAAAAUAAUACCUUCUGUAAAUUUAGAAAAGCAUAUCAACACUUCAUCUGUAAGGUACUCCUGCCCCUUAGCACAUACACUCUUUGUUACAGUUCUUGUAAAUUGGCCAAAUGGAGAGGGUAAACUGGCUGCUUGUACCAACAGUUCUGACAUUUUACACCAUAACUCUUAGAAAUUAUUGAAGUUCCCCAAAGAGAUUUUGUUUAUGUAACUUGUGUCAGCCUUUACUGUAUUAAAAAUUAAUAGAGGUAUUUUAAAAACGUAUUUACUCAUUUAAAUAUAACAAUAAUAAACUCCAUACCUGUUAAAAUAAGUAACAUUUUUGAUGAAAAAUAACUGUUUUCCAAAACAUAAACUAAUGAGAGCAGGAACAUUGUUCUAUGUUUUGCACCUUUUUAAUUGUCUGGCUUAAUAAAAGCAGUGAGAUCUCUUACUGCUUUUACAUUGAUUCUUUUCAUAUCACUCAGCAUGUAAGCACUAGAAAACCCCACUGUGCAUUUGUGAAAUCAGAGUGAAAAAGGCGUAUAACACCUUAGUAGUAUUGUGAAAAUAGUUUGACCUUGCAUAGCCCUUCAAUAGGGGCUUGGGGACUUUCAAAGGUCCCAGACCACACACUGAGAACCACUACACUUUAAAUUUGUGUUUCUGGGUCAGUAUUUACUUGUAGGGUAAACAUACUACUCCCUGAACUUCUAAGUUUUUUGUUUGUUUGGUGGGAAAAACUGAAAUUUCAGUUGAAAUUGCAAACUUUUUAACAUUGUUUAACUAUUCCAGAGUAAUAACAGUGGUGGUAUUAUGUGGUGUGGUUUUUUAAGCCCCCUCAAUUUAUCAGUUACCUGCUAAAUGCUUUUCAUGUACUAUCUCAUACAAUCCCUGAAGGGGACCUUUGCUUUAAGGAUGAAGGAAACGGCAUAGAGAAGUUAAGUUAGUGACAGCUUUUGCUCUGGGGAACAAAUAAUUUAUUGUUGAAUUAAAAUACUAUCACAUUUAUGUGUAAAUUCUUUUUUAAUCUUUUGAAAUUUCAAGGAAGUUACUUUCUAUAUCCUAUAUAUCUAAAAUAAUUAUUUAAUUUGAUUUCCUUUCAUAAUUUGAUGAGAUCAAUACAGCUUAUUCUAUAGGGUUUUAUUUAAACUUUAGAAGUAAAUUAAUUGGAUAAUUAGUGGAGAAUGUUUUAAAAUGAAGACACAUCUGAAGUACCGUAAUGACUCCAAUUUUGUGAAGCGUUCAUUCCACCUUUAUUGAUGUAGUUUAUUCCCUGUAUAAUUUUGUAAUUUACUUUUUAAAAGAUGUCAUUAAAAUUCGUACUAAAUUAACAUACUGUAUUGAAUUUAUCCUCAUUAGUUAAAUUCUUAUUUGUAUAUUUUUAAACAUGAUGUCAUUAAUUAAACUUUUUAUGUGGUUGUAUUUGAACAAAUGAGUAUAUGACCAUGAUGUUAUCAGUGUUGUAUUUUUGUUUAACAAACUGUCUCUCACCUAAGAAAGAGGGCCCUGUUUUGUAGUGUUUACUGAUAUUUGUGGUAUAAAUACUCUCACCAUGGCUGAUUUUACCUACCAUUCUGAUGUCGUUAAAUGCAGUUUGAAAGAGACACACAUCAGCUGCUCUCCCAAGCCUUUACAAGCUAGCUCCAGCACAGCACUGACAUAUAAUUCUACAACUCAUUCAUUAAAUUUAUUGGUCAUUUGA